CGCAUGAAUGGUUAUCUAGCUUGUAGUGUAAUAAAUAGCAGUAGCUUUUUUAAAUUACUUCUCUCAUAUUCGUCUGAUGUAGGUGUCAGUCACUUGUUCUUUCUUCAGAAUACCACCAAUUGCUCUAUCUUCAUUAUAGCCUUCCUACCUAGUCUCCGCCAUGUUUCCAAGACGUGUCGCGUCUACAUUCUAUCAUGCCACGACUCGUUCUGGUACAGCACAAUCGGGGACCCCGAAGGCCGCAAUCAGUGGAGCUCAUCGUUUCUGGAGACAGCUAUCUUCUGCUAGCUGUACCAAUACUUUAGAAGACGCCUUUGAAGCCGCCUGCUCUACGCGCGAGAUUCCCGGGGUGGCUCUGCUGGCUUCCAAUCGAACCGAUAGCUGGAACUACUGCAAAGCAUUCGGUCGCCGGUCUGUUCAUGAGUCUGCUAGCGAGGAACCCCUUGACGAAAACUGUUCGAUGUGGAUCGCCUCGUGCACCAAGCUCUUAACAUCGAUUACCUCCAUGCAAUGUGUCGAACGCGGCUGGGUCGGUCUCGAUGACGACGUCCGGGAUAUUCUACAUGAACUCAAAGAUAUCGAUAUCUUGAAACCCAAGAGCACGUCCCAGGGCCUUUCGACUACCAAGAAUGUCCGGCCCAUCACGUUAAGGCAUCUGUUGACACACACAUCUGGUUUCGCAUACGAAUUCAACGAGCCGAUUCUUCAAGAGUGGCGCCGACAGCAGCCAGAGGAUCAGAGAGGUUCUUGGGCCACCCUGCGCGGUCGCUUUCAGCAUCCUCUUGUAUACGAGCCGGGCACUAGCUGGUCCUACGGCCCCUCGAUCGAUUGGGCGGGACUUCUCGUCGAGCGCCUGAGUGGCAUGAGUUUACAAGACUACAUGGCUCGCAACAUCUGGGAACCCUUGGGUAUCAAAUCGAUGACAUUCUUCCUCUUGACUAGGCCCGAUAUGCAGUCCAAGGCCGCAUCCAUGUGUUGGCGCGAAUGCGAAAGCGUUGCGUCUGAAGAAUUCUCGCCUGUUGUCCACGCCGAGCGUCAGCCGACACUAGAACCCGAUUUAGAGGACUGUCUUGGUGGUGGCGGGAUAUACGCUACCCCAUCUGAGUACAUCAAGGUUCUUCGCGCGCUCCUUGGCGAUGCCUCUGCCGGAAGUGUGUCUGAUGCCGCCCCUCCACCCUCGGCGCAGCUGCUACGUCCCUCGACUGCCGAGGCUAUGUUCGAACCCCAGUUGAAUGAAUCCGGGCGUAAAGCUUUGCAGGCCGUCUCCGAGAUCCCGAAGCUCAAUCUCAUGAUGGGCGGCAUGCCUAUGGCGACCAAGAAGGAUUGGGGCCUCGGUGGAAUGUUGGUCAUGGAGGACUUGCCUGGCUGGCGCCAGAAAGGCGCCAUGACGUGGGGUGGCACGCCGAAUCUCACCUGGUGGAUUGAUCUCAAGGCGGAACUUUGUGGGCUUUAUGCCGGGCAGCUGAUGCCCCUUGGAGACAAAAGAUCGGUCGAGCUAACACAGUUGUUCGAACGGGAGAUGUAUGCUAGAUAUAGACAGACAACAAGCAUGCCAAGCGGAGAGGUAUAGUAGACGGUCCGGUAUCACGUUAAGUGCACAAUCAUUAGACACGGUCCGGUAUCACGUUAAGUGCACAAUCAUUAGACACAGU